AUGUGUCCAGAGCUGUGGUCCUCAGGCGUGUCCAAAGCUGUGGUCCUCAGACGUGUCCAAAGCUGUGGUCCUCAGACGUGUCCCAAGCUGUGGUCCUCAGGCGUGUCCAAAGCUGCGGUCCUCAGACGUGUCCCAAGCUGUGGUCCUCAGACGUGUCCAGAGCUGUGGUCCCCAGACGUGUCCAGAGCCGUGGUCCUCAGGCGUGUCCAAAGCUGCGGUCCUCAGACGCGUCCCAAGCUGUGGUCCUCAGGCGUGUCCAGAGCUGCGAUCCUCAGACGUGUCCAGAGCUGCGGUCCUCAGACGUGUCCCAAGCUGUGGUCCUCAGUUGUGUCAAGAGCUGUGGUCCUCAGGCGUGUCCAAAGCUGUGGUCCUCAGACGUGUCCAAAGCUGUGGUCCUCAGACGUGUCCCAAGCUGUGGUCCUCAGACGUGUCCCAAGCUGUGGUCCUCAGACGUGUCCAGAGCUGUGGUCCUCAGACGUGUCCAAAGCUGCGGUCCUCAGACGUGUCCCAAGCUGUGGUCCUCAGACGUGUCCCAAGCUGUGGUCCUCAGGCGUGUCCAAAGCUGUGGUCCUCAGACGUGUCCCAAGCUGUGGUCCUCAGGCGUGUCCAGAGCUGUGGUCCCCAGACGUGUCCAGAGCUGUGGUCCUCAGGCGUGACCAGAGCUGUAUUCCUCAGGCGUGUCCAAAGCUGUGGUCCUCAGGCGUGUCCAAAGCUGCGGUCCUCAGACGUGUCCCAAGCUAUGGUCCUCAGGCGUGUCCAAAGCUGCGGUCCUCAGACGUGUCCCAUGCUGUGGUCCUCAGACGUGUCCAGAGCUGUGGUCCUCAGACGUGUCCAAAGCUGUGA